UCCAGUGAUCUCCACUGGGCCAUGUUCUCAGCCCUGGCCGGCAACAAGCCUCGGUUUGUGAGCCUCCUGCUGGAGAACGGUGUGAGUCUGAGGGAGUUUCUGCAGAGCGAAGACACUCUGUGCGAGCUCUACAAGCAGCUGCCCAACUGCUUCUUCUUGCGCAAGCUGGCCAAACGUGUCCACGCCUCCUGCCCUCGGAGGAGGAGAGUGUUCGCCACCAGAAACCGUGUGUGCUCAUCACAGAGCACGGGCAUCGCCUUGAGUCACGUGUCGGACGAGGUGCGACACUUGCUGGGUAACUUCACCCAGCCAAUCUACCCGCCCCCCACCAUGAUGUACCACUUUAACAUGGAGGACGCAACAUCGCUGUCAAGAAGCUUGUCGGGUUCUCAAGCUCCCCUCAGGGUGGACCUCGCUGAGGCCCAGAGAGACCCAGCCAGGGACCUUUUUCUUUGGGCUGUCGUCCAGAAAAAUAGAGAGCUGUCCGAAAUCACCUGGGAACAG